AUGCCGAGGGCGCCUGUCCGCAUUGCGGCCAAGUACCGCCCGCCGCCGAGCGCGUUUGCGCAGGCCAUGUCGGAGUCUGCGCUCGAGGCGCUCAUUGACCGCGUGCGCCUCGCCCCCACGUCGCGCCUCGCGUACAUGCGCAACUGGGCGGGCGUGUACCACUCGGCGGUCCCUACGAACGACGGGGCCUUUUCGCACAUGGACCGCAGCGUAUUUAUGCCGCGCACGAUCGAGCAGGUCGUUGCGAUUGUCGAGCUGGCCAAGCGGCGCUCUGUCCCUGUGCGGGCGGUCGGCCGCCUGCACUCGCCGUCGGACCUGCCGUUCUCCCUUGGCUGGACGAUCCGCACCGACGAGCUCGACGGCAUCGUGCGCAUCGACGCGGCGCGCGGCGAGGUGGACGUGAUGGCGGGCACGUACAUCUCCACCAUCAACGAUGCGCUCGCGCACCACGAGCCGGCGCUCGGCUUCCCGAACCUCGGCUCCAUUAGCGAGCAGACCAUCGCGGGGCUCCUGUCCACGGCGUCGCACGGCUCCGGCAUCGACUUUCCCGUGCUCUCCGCGCACAUCCUCGCGCUGGAUAUCGUGUGCCCCCUCGCGGACGGCACGCAGGUCGUGCAUUGCAGCCGCACCGAGCACGCCGACCUCUUUAAUGCGUCGUUGUGUGGCCUCGGCGCCACUGGCGUCAUCGUUGCCGUAUCGCUGGGCGUCGUGCCCGCAUUCCGCCUCCAGCAGGUCACCGAGGACGUGCCGAUCGACGUGCUCCUUGGCCCACCGCCCGAACUCCCCGCCUCACUGUCCCCGGACAUGCUGGCGAUCGAGCCGAUCGACACGUUCCUCGCGCACCCCAGCGCCCUCGGCGAGCUCCUGGCGUCCGGCGCGUCCCUGCCCCCCCGCGCAUUCCCUCCGGCGGCUCGCUCGGCGGGCCCCGCGCAUGUGCAUCCGUUCGUGCCGGACGCUGCGACCCCCCCGCUUCCCUCGUACGCCGCACACGACGUGCAAGACCGGAUCGACCGCCUCGUGCACAGCGCAGAGCAUGUGCGCUUCCUGUGGUCGCCCCAUGCGCAUAUGGUCACGAUCGACCGCGCCUCGCGCACCGAGGCACCCGCGGACCCUGUCCGUGUGUGGUCUGACUUGUACGUGCGUGGCGUGCGGCACGUCACGCAGGCGCUGCUGUGGGCGUCGCGCCUUCACACGUCGCUCCCCGCGCCCGUCGCGCGUGCAGCGUACGCCAUGUCGCAUGCGCGCGCGCCGCGCGCGCCCCGCGACUCGUCCUCCGCGCCGGGCGGCCUCGCGCCGGUGCACAGCCGGUCGGCGAUCGAAGUGCGCGUUGCCGACGCGCCCGCCGUGUUCAACUUUGACUGCCUGUUCCCCCAGUACACGGCCGAGUAUGCCAUUCCGUACGAGUAUGCGGGCGCGGCGCUGCUGGCACUGCGCGCGUGGCUGGACCGCGAGCACGCGAAUGACCAGGGCGUGCGUGCGCACUUCCCGAUCGAAGUGCGCUUCGUCGAUGCGGACGGCAUCUGGCUAAGCCCCAGCUACGGGCGGCGGACGUGCUACAUUGGGCUCGUGCAGUUCCGCCCGUACGGGCUGCCGGUGCGCUACCGGCGCCUGUUUGCGCGUUUCGACGCGCUGAUGCGCCAGUUCGAUGGGCGCCCGCACUGGGCCAAGACGCACACGUCGUACCGGGCCGAGCUGCUGGCGCGGUACCCCCACAUGGCCGACUGGCUCCAGGUGGUCGCACACUACGACCCGCAGCGGGUGCUGGUCAACCCGUAUGUGGCGCGGCACCUGCUGGACGAGCAUGCGUCGUGCCGGCAGAGCGUCUUCCGGCGAAGCAAGCUCUAG